GUCGCAAGUAAUAAUCAAGUCUACGACAGCGACACCAGUGAUGAGGGACCGCUUUCUUUGGCUUUUAUUGAGCGCGGCUCUGGCAGUUUCGCACCUUUCAGCUUAUAUUUCUAAUGGAUAUGUUGAGCUCUGCUCCGAUUUACUCAGCUGGGUUCUGAUCCCUUGCGCCCUCAAGGGGAGACACCAGUGUCGUUGGAGGAGCAGCGGAUCGGACGUGUUCUCCGAGCAGGGUCGAGAACAAGAGCCAACGGCAUUGGCCUUGUGGACGCUGGCUCUAGGUAUUAGCAUAUCUGCAUAUUACACCUCACAGAUUGGUACAAUCAGUCUAUACCCUCUCCUAGGACCGGUGCUGUUACUGAAUUUGCGCAAUGACUCACCCGCAUUUGACGACCAAAAUCCCUCGCCUCUAAGAAGAUCCAGAUGGCUUGCUAUGGCAAGUGGAUGUUUCGUAGCAGGUAUCUUUCUGUGGGAUGAGAGCAUCUCUGGUGCCUCCAAACUGUUGUCCAUUAUCCCUGUUGGAUUUCAACUUCUCGGUUACACCCUUUUGCUACCCAGAGGGAUGCUUUCCUGGAAUUUUCACUCGCACAUAACCAACCUGGAAGACGUCUGCACCCAGCUAGCUUGGAGAAAUAUCAUUACUCUUGCGUUCCUGAUUGGCCUGGAAGCAAUGAGAUCUGGCGUGUUGAUUGAGUCAGCCACAAAUUGUCUCACGACGGUCUUUCUCGGCACACUUAAAGCUGUGAAUUGGUUUCUUAUUGCAGGAUCCGCGACGCUAUCCUGCUGGACCAUUGCACCAUUUAUAUUAACAACAGCUAGCGUUUUUGCAUAUACGGUGUCGCGUCCACGGCCACUGUUCCAAGGGAUGCUCUUGGCUAUUGGGCACUGCCUCUUCCUUCAGCAAACACUUCAUCGCUUUUCGAACUUCAAGCGCAAAUUUUCGCUGUGGGCUUUUGCAGCCCUGUGCUUCUAUAUGGUCCUGACCAGUCACUGGAAGAUCGCGAGCGAAAAAAUUGAUGCUAUCAGAACUUACAGAAACUUCCAUGAUUACCCUGUCGAGUUGCUGGCAGAGAAGGCAGAAAAACAAUUCCAUGAAUUGAUCAGAAGGCAGAGCAAGACGUACCACACAGCAUAUGAUACUUAUCUCGCCAAGCACAAAAUCAAACCACCACCUGAGUUCGAAAGUUGGUUCGACUUUGCUAAUCUGCAUGCAUCUCCAAUCAUCGACGACUUUCACGCCUUAUACGACUCACUGGCACCCUUCUGGAAACUGAGCGGGCAGGAAGUACUCGACGGUAUGAAAACCGCUUACGCACAGCAAGACAGUGAGCUAUGGCUCUGUGAGUUCAAAAAGGCGACAGGAAAGACUAGCUGUAGUCAUGCGUGGAGACAGGGUGACCGACACAUCAGUCUGCUGUUCAACAAGCUGUUGGCGAACACGACGGGAAGGAUUCCAGACGUUAAUUUCCUCGUCAAUCAUCUUGAUGAACCGAGAGUCAUGUUCCCGCAGGGGACUCAUUCCGGUCAAGUUAGAACGACGGACCUGUCACAUCAGAAUACCUGGGACGUACUGACAAGCCAGUGCACUGGAGAUCAUAAAGAAAGCUUUACAGAUAAGACCAAUAUAGAGACUUAUGGCCUCCCGUUCGUAGUUUCACGGAACCUCUCAAUGGACCUUUGCCGACACCCAGAGUACAGAGGUAUACAUGGCAUCUUCACGUCUCCACCUACCUUUAACCUGAUUACGGGUACCGUGCCAGUUCUUUCAACAGGCUCGCUCUCUACGAUGGGCGAUAUCAUUAUGCCAUCUCCAGCGUAUAUUGAAGAGCAAUUCUUGUACGACGAGGGGGAGGAUAUAGACUGGGGUUCUAAACGCAAUCAAGUUUACUGGGCCGGCUCAACAACUGGCGGCUAUGCCGAACAGACGUUCUGGUUCCACCGUCAACGGUUCGUUGCACUUGCGCAAAAUGCGCUCAAGAUGAAACACAAAUAUCUAAGAGCAAGAAAUGGGAUAAUAUCACUUAUAGAAUCCUCGUUCCUCAACACCCUGUUCUUCGACGUAGCGUUCACACGGAUCUCGCAGUGCCAGCGACCGUACUGCGGACUACAAAAAUCCUGGUUCCGCACCAAGCCAUGGGCAGACAGCCAUCAUUCGCUGAAGUCGCGCUUCGUGUUUGAUUUGGAUGGCAAUGGAAUCAGCGGACGGUACUACCAGCUGUUGGCUUCAAAAUCGGCUCCUCUCAAAAUGACUAUACUGCGCGAAUGGCACGAUGAUCGCUUGGUCCCUUGGGUACACUAUAUUCCGGUCAGUCCUACCCUGGAAGAUCUUCCCGAGCUCAUUUCCUACUUCAUGUGGAGCAAGUCUGGCCAGAGGCUGGCAUAUAAGAUCGCUGGCCGCGGAAGAGAGUGGAAAUCACAAGCGUUGCGGGAGGAAGAUAUGGCCGUGUACCUGUACAGACUGCUCAUUGAACUGGCACGCUUGCAAGACCCGGACCGACAGGCAAUGACCUGAAGCGUUGACCUUGGGAUGGAUUACCUCUGAAACAGUUUCGAAUUGGAUGCUCGGGUAGUCGGUAGUCUAUAUAUCAGGACGACGAGGUGCCCGCGCCGACGACAGGUUAACAGCUCGCUUACCGCACCUAACUCAGACUAGCGCCCUCUGUCAUCCCUGUAGCUAAAUUCGGACUUAGAUGGUUGAACAGUUAUUAGACGACCGUUUUACAACACCAUUGAAAUUUAGGGAGCAAUUCUUACGAACGG